UACAAUAGUAAAUAUAUAUAGAUAAGUAAUUGCAAAUUUUGCAAUAAAUUAUUAAAAAUUAGAAAGCAAUCUUUAAUUUGAUCGACAUGAGUAAAACACCAGUCUCUAUUCUUCAAGAGAUGAUGGUAAAGCAGGGUAUGAUACCUGAUUAUGAAUUGAUACAUGAUGGUGGAGGACGUCAUGUAAAUACUUUUACAUAUCGAGUUUCAUGUGAUGGUCUCAGUGCAACUGGUACAGGUCGUUGUAAGAAAGAUGCAAAACAUGAAGCUGCUAAAGCUAUGUUAUCAGAGAUUGCUGCACAUAAAAACUAUCUACAGCUGCCAGCUGCUAAUACACCAGUAGCAUCUCCAUCAAGGUCACCGUUUCAUUCUAUUUCUGUUCCACCAAAGAUAACAAAUGUACCUUUUGUUAAUGCUGUAGGUGAAUUACAGGAACUUUGUGUUAAUAAUAAUUUAGAGGAACCACAAUAUGUUCUUAUCCGUGAUCAUGGACCACCACAUGCUAAAAUCUUUACUAUUCAAUGCAAAAUAUCUAGUUUUGAAGAAAAUGGAACAGCAACUACAAAGAAACAAGCAAAACAUGACGCUGCAAAAAAGAUGGUAGACAAAAUAAAAUAUCUUGUGAAUAAUGAUUUAUAUAAAGAAAAAGAUGAAGAAGAUUCUUCAAAUUCUGUUACAACUGAUUCGAUAGACAUGAUGACUAAAUGUGCUGAAGAAUAUUACCGCACUUCAAGCAAAAUGACAAAAAAGCUUAACUUAGGUAUUAGAUUAGCUGAUUAUCAUAUUAAAUGGAGAGAUUCCUUGGAAACUGAUAAACGCAAUAAAAUACUAGAAGAAUUAGAAUCUAUCUUUCCCAACGAAAUGUGUAACAAUUUAGAUGAAUAUAAUAAUGAAUCUAUAAUAAAAAAAAUAGCUAAAUUCGAAGCUACAUUAGCAGAGGUUGAUGUAACAGUUAAUAUGAAGGAUAUAAUUACAGAUAAUCAUGUUAUGCAAUUAAUAGAGCUUAAUACUUGUCCUAUUCUCACACAAAUUGGUAUAGGACAUAAUCAACUGGAAGCUUCUUGGAAAGCCUUGUCCUUAAUAAUACAGACAUUAAAAUUACUUUUAAUGUAAAAAAAAA